UCGAGGGAAGUGGGCGGAGUUACGGUGGAGAGUGGGCGGACACGCGCACCGUUCCAUUACACGGCUCCGUUUCUCCCGGUCGCGCUCAGUGCAGCAGGAUCUGAGGAAACUCUCGGUACUCUCCCGUCUCUCGGAUACUUUACGGUCCCACAGACGGAGCUCCAAUCACUCGUUCCGUUUGGAACCGAGGACUCUCCCACGUUUUAAGAUGAUGUUGAGUCUCGGUUUGUUCGUGUCUCUGGUGGGUUUGACGGUGUCCGUUACCGACAGCAGUGAUGGAAACCCGCUGGACAAUGAUAAGUGGAUGAGCACCGUGUCCCAGUACGACAAGAGCAAAUACUGGAACAAAUUCCGCGACGACGAUUACUUCAGAACCUGGAAUCCAAACAAAGCACAAGACCAAGAAAAUGCACCAAACCAACGAUCCGAACUGAACCAUAAAUCACACUCAAAGACCAAGAGCAGAACCACUGAUGGACUGGACAGCACUAAAGACCCCUGCAUGAAGGUUCACUGUCCUCCUCACAAAGUGUGUGUGAGCCACGACUACCAGACCGCCAUCUGCACCAAUCACAAACCAGCUCAGCACAGUGUUAAAGCCAGGAAAGGAAAUAUCCCCCACAAGCGUUGGAUGGGAGCUGUGAAUCAUGGGAAAUGUAGGCCAUGUCCUGUUGUUCACUCCAGUUUGGUGUGCGGUUCUGACGGACACACAUACGCCUCAAAGUGUAAGCUGGAGUUCCAGGCCUGCAGCUCCGGUAAGAGUCUGUCUGCGAAGUGUGAGGGUCCAUGCCCCUGCCUGCCUGGACAGGAAGCCAUUAAACCACACACAGAGAAGAACGGCUGCACUGAUGCUGAUCUGAGAAGUUUAGCCUCCAGACUCAAAGACUGGUUCGGGGUUUUACACACAGAUGCAAACCGAGACCUGAAGACCAGCACCAGUGACACUGCACAAGGACGUUUCGACACAAGCAUUUUACCCAUCUGUAAAGAUUCUCUCGGCUGGAUGUUCAACAAGCUGGACAUGAACUAUGACCUUCUGCUCGACCAGUCAGAGCUCAGCGCCAUUUACCUUGAUAAAUACGAGCUGUGCAUGAGGCCGCUGUUCAACUCCUGCGACUCUUUCAAAGACGGAAAACUCUCCAACAACGAGUGGUGCUACUGCUUUCAGAAGCCCGACGGCAUGCCGUGUCAGAACGAGAUGAACAAGAUUCAUUCUCAGAGCCGAAGGAAGACUCUGUUAGGAGUGUAUGUACCCCGCUGCACUGAGGACGGUUAUUUUAAGGCCACUCAGUGUCACGGCAGCACCGGUCAAUGUUGGUGUGUGGACAAAUACGGCAAUGAGCUCGCAGGAUCCCGCAGACAGGGCAACCCUACCUGUGAGGAGGAUCAGGAGACAUCUGGAGAUUUCGGCAGCGGCGGCGGCGCAGUCAUUCUACUGGACGACCAAGAGGAGGAGGAGUCUGCACAGAGUGGGCGGAGCCGACAGAAAGAGAGACGGGGUCGACUCCACCCCCGCGGGGCCAUCGAAGACGACGAAGACGGAGAGGACGACGAGUUUGGCUACGUCUGGUAGCUCCGCCCACCCAUCUUCCGCUAAUUAACCAGGGACCCAUGUUAAAAAAUGCACAGUUCUGAAGCCAUUCCAGCUCCGCCCCCUUGGACACACACACACGCCUCCUUUUCCCAGCCCCGCCCUCAUUCUGGAUCUGAACUCAUUCAUUCUCUCUGUCUUUCUUCAGCCUCCUCCUCAUGUUCUGUCCUCUGUUUUCCCUCUUUAUUUCAAACUCCCGCUCGCUCUUGUGUUCUAGACGCCUCUUGUGGGCUCUAGAUGGUAGACGUGCAUGACAAGAUCGUUCAGGCUUCUUAACACUUCUACAUAAGGUCUUUUUAAACAGGGGUUAGGUCUCGUGGCAGUAUGCAUGAACGCCACUGCAGAAAAUGCAGAAGAUGAUGUCUGAGAUCUUCAAGGGUGAGGAUCAGGUGGGCUUAAAGUCAAACGCGCACUACAAGACUGAAGCUCAUCAAUGAUUCAUGUCAUAAAUCUGCCACUGGAGGAUGGAGAUCGAAGGGAAAUCACAGCGCAUAUGUUCUGUUUGCAGGGAGACAUGUUGUUAAUAUUUACAGAUGCUACGAUAAUGCUAGAUUUAAUCGCAUCAGAAAACAGCAACGGCAAGCUAAUGAAAGAAUGCAAAUAGAGGAUUUUAAAAUUUGAUUUAUUUUCUUUCAUGGUUCCUUUAAUUGUUAAAAUGACCUUCCUCCCUGAGGUUUUUGUCUCUUGUUGACGAAUGAAGAAUUUGUGGACUAUAAUCCUGCUAGUGAAACAUGGAGAAUGUGAUAAGUCGAAUAUAGUGCACAACACAAGAAACUACCAACCCAGGCUCAUUCUGAAAACGUAGUCCUGUGGACGUUUCUGGAGACCACUGAAUACGUCCUGGGAGGUACGUCAUUUUGCAGUUUUUGUUUUCACAAAUCCACAAGAGGCCAAUGCGUGCGCCUUUUCGUAUCUCAAAUUUCUCUCGCGAGUGCCGUUCGCGCCUGCUGUUCUCACGUAAACCCACCAGAGGCCGCUGUCGGCCGAGCGUCUGUCAGACUGGCUGAAUGACUGGAUGACUGACUAGCUGGCUGAUCGAUCGACAGACCCACCCUCCUCCUUCCCUAAACCCAAACAAUUUUAGCGAUUGACCCGCCCACCCACUUACUUCCCUAAAACCCAACCAACGAUUUCCAAAGCCGUCCAGAAAAAGAAAAGCCCUCGUCUGAUUUUUUUACCACGUUUUCGGAUUUUACCACAUUCUUACCAUGUUAUUUUUGGAUUCUGUUUAUGUCUUACCUGAUUUCGGGAACCGCUCUUCCCUGGACUUGAACCCCGUCGUCGUGGUCAUCUCCUCUCUAGGUCUCAAGUCCGCCAACAUACACAACGAGCUAACUGGACAAACUGGUUGCGGCGGGAAAGCCCUCCACACGGGGUAAGCUGUCAGCCGGUAAGCACGAAAAGGAACGGCGUCACACCGCCCCCUAGCGUUCGUUUUAAAAAAAAGGAAAUGCAGCCAUACGUACUGCCGGCUACAUAAUUCGCGGUCUCCAUCCGCGGGACUACGUUUUCAGAAUGAGUCUGGGUUGGGAACUACAGUACGUCUGUAAAGUGUGAUGAGCUUCAGUCAGGUUGUGCAUGAUUGACUUGAUAUUGUUUUCACAUCUGUUCACAAUUACUGCGAUUGUAAAAUCUGCUUUGUUUUUUAUUGACCUUAUUCAGCGAUUCGGAAGUGCAACGUUGUUUUAAACACCAACCUAAUUUCACCAAGUAGGACAUGUUCCUUGAUUAACAUCUUUGUUGAUCCUGGAAUAACAUUCUAAUCAGCCUAUCAGAAUUAAGGGAUAGGCUUACGGUUAGGUUUAUGCACUUGUACAUGAUUGUUAUCCAACUAUUAUUCCCCUCUGAUUUGGGGAAUAUUUUACAGUUAUGAUUGGGUUUAGGGAUAGUGAAAUAUAUAUUCAAAAAGGCAACAACACCAACACCAAUUUAUUAAAUUAAAAAGGCUGAAACAAGGCGUGUAACGUUUCGAGCACAUGGCUCUUUCUCAGACAGUGUUCAUCACAGUAUGUUGCUCCUUUUUGUACACUUCCAGAUCACAUGAUCUCGCACAUUAUCUCACAACAAGAAAAAUAGAAAAAAUACCUAUUUAUAAAUUGUACAACUUAGAUAUUCUAAGCGAAAAUACAGAAACAACCCCUAAUGUUACAUCACAAAAUAAAGAAAACAUAACACAAUAUAACAAGGAAACACAAUUAAAUAAUACACCAAAAUAUAUUUCAAAAUAUAGCCAAAAAAACCUUUAUCCAGACACCUAAUUAAACAUUAAAGAAAAACACGAAUAUCAGACUCCUCAUUUAAACCUCUUGGAGACGAUGUAUCAAGAGUGAAAAUCCAAAAGGCUGCACGUUGUAACCAACACAAUGUCACAAUUCGUAACUUUUUGAUUUAGUAGCUAAUUCGUAUAAAUUCGUACAGUCUAAUUCAUACAAUUUAGUACGAUUUACUCAUCCGCCAAUAAUUGUUGGGUUUAGGGGUGGGGUUUAGGUGCCACGCCUCCUUUUUAAAAUCGUACAAUUUCGUACGACUGAACUCGUAUGAAUUCGUACGAAUUCGCCACUAAACUGACAAAACGUAAAAUACUUACGUUUUCUCGUGAGAUCAGGCUGUUGUAACAGCAAUUUAUGUAGCUCUCCCCCCCCCAACAUGGACAACUUCAAUCCCUAUGUAUUGUAGUACUGAGAAAUGCUGCUUUUAUUGAUAGGGAAUAGGUAUGGAUUACAUUUUCCAACAAAUAUGAUGUUUCAGGAUCGACAUAGAUGUUAAUCCAGGAUCGCAUCGUACUUGGCAAAAUCAUCACGUGCUGUUUUAAAACUUCCAAUUUAGUCGCCUGUGGGAGAAAUGACUAUAAAUAAUAAACGGCAGAAAACGGUCAGACUACCUGAUCUACAAACAAGUGUGUUCAUGACUAUACAUAAAAAGUAGAAUAAUAUAAUUAGAAAAUAUCAGUUUGUAACAUCAAGAAGCUCAACGAGCUGUUUUAACAUCUAAAAAUGAAUGCAAGGGAACGAGAAUGGAAGUCUUGAACCAAAACGUUUGCAAUACCCACUUGUACCGGAAGAAUAAGGUCAACAGUGAAUCAAAAGUACUUUAUCUUACCUUUUUUAAUAGCUUUUUUUCAGUUUUAGUAUUCAUUUACUUGAGAUGCAGAAUGACAUCAAAUAUUAUCUUAACCCUGUUCACACUGUGAGAUUCAGCCUUGAUUUUGUUAUCUGAUACAAAUUUGGGAAAUCCUGAAAGAUUCCUAAAAUCCUAAGCUAAUAUCUGUGAUCGAUUAUCGUUGGUUUGACAUGUUCACAGACAGCCGCUUAAUGCCUGUUGCGAUCAGAUUUCCUCCGAUGAAGAUUUCAGAUUCAGCUGCGAUGACCGUCAAUCAAAGAACCAGGAGUGGGAGUGCUAGGAGUGCUAAAUAUGAUGACGCAAUCCAUGCGACAAUUCAAUAAAACAUUUUUUUUCUUCCUGGUUUUAUUAUUGAGACACGCCGUGUGAAAAAAUUGCCACUACAGAUUGUUUACGCUUGCUGUGAGGAAUAAUUUCAGAACACUACAGGUGGAUGAAGUCAAACUCAGAGGGAGUUUUCUUCCGUGUUUGCCAUCAUCGCAUCGCAGUUAAGUCUGACUUUAUGACAGUUGAGAUCUUUACAGUGUGACAUGGGAGCCAUGUUCGUGCAGUGUGACAUGCUACAAAUAUUUAAGGAUUGAAAAAAAAAAAAAUCGCACAGUGUGAGCCGGCCUUUAGUCUCGGAGAAAUGGAUCAAAAUGUAAUUUAUGCGUAAAUUGUUGUUUUAAUUAAUUAAUGAUAUUAAUUAAUGAUAAAUAGUUUUUGUUUCGAGAACUUCAGACUUCCUAAAUUUAAGUGUAAGAAUGUCAGAAAACACAACCUAACCUGUUAUGUUUAUUUAAAAGUUUUUUUGUACUAGAAAACAAGACAAA